GGAGCAAUGUUCAAGUCGACUAUGAACAUUCUUCAGAAAAGUGUGACAACAGAACCAGAUGUUGUGAUUCUUUCUGGAAACAUACUUGAAAAUCCCAGAGCGGUGUGUGCUGUGUCUGUUGCAGAGAUGCAAUUUGUGGAUAAAAGUAUGCGUUAUUGUCAUCAUGGACAUACAAGAUUUAAGAAAACCAGUCAGAAAGAGCCUGAACCAUCAUCAUCAUCAUUAUCAUCAUCAUCUGGUGAUAGUGAACAAUCAGAUUAUGAUGAGGAAACUGUUCAUGGGAAACCACAUAUUUUCAAGAGAAUUCCCCCAAAACUAUUAGCACAGCAUGGUGGACAACUUCUAGUGCUUUCUCAGCUAUAUACCGGUCAACAUUUCACCAAGGAGAAGACUAAAAAGUUCAUUCCUGGAAUGAUCGUUAUGGGAACCCAGGUGACUUUUACAUUACUUGAAUACAGUGUUAACCAUAUGAAAGAUUUAUUCCUAAAUAAUGUAAAUGGAAAAGAAAGAAGCUACAUAUAUUACACAGAUCCAAUGGAUUACCUCAAGCAGGAGGAUCGUAAUUUAUUGUUGGAAUCAAUUGUGAGGUUGAGUAAUAUCAAACAGUGAUUUAAAGUGUACCAUCAGUUAACCCUGAGGAACAAAGAUCCAAGAUAUCAUGAUGUAAUAAUUGAGAAACAUUGCCCAAGAAUACAUAAACAUAUGAUUGAGGAACAUGGAUCCUAUAUAUACAGUAGCGUAACCUUGAGGAACAGAGAUUCAAGAUAUCAUGACGUAAUAUUGAGAAAUGUUGCCUCAAAAAAUCAUUAACAUUAGAUUAAAGAACAUGGAUCCUAUAUAUACAGUAGCGUAACCUUGAGGAACAAAGAUCCAAGAUAUCAUGACGUAAUAUUGAGAAAUACAACCCAAAAACAUAUAAACAUAAAGAAAUGCAAAGAAGUUUCAGCUUAUAAUAUGAUGCAUGGAUGCUGUCUGGAUAUCCUGACGUCAAUAUUAGGUUUCCAAAUAAAAUGUUUGAGCCAUAAAUAAUAUCUUAAUCAAAUUUGGUUUGAUAAUGACCAAUGGGGUGAGAAAGAACCCCUAUUGGUUUUAGGAUCAAUAGGUCAAGGUUACAGCAGCUGCAAUAUUGUAA